UCGCCAACAAAGGCGGAAGUAGCUACGUAACAUAAGAAGUAGCUUUUGGGUCAAGACGUAACUCUCUUUUUUCGUAAUUUGCGUGUUAUUUCUGUUGUUUGCAUGCCUCACCCUGGAUUGCAUUGCUCAUCCAGGCAGGUGACUUGCUGCAGUUUUUGUGGAAGCGGAAACCAAAACUUGCUUUUUGUGUUGUUGGAAUCACAACGAUUGAGCUGUACCCAGAAGACUCUUUCGAUUUGGACAAGCAUCUCUUUAUAGGGGUAAGAUUUUACUUUGCUCCGUGACAAAAUGCUGGAGGGAUUGGCCCCGCGGCCUGUGUGUCGGAUGCUGCUGUGCGGCCUGUUUGUCCACCUGGCGUCAAAGCGGGCCGCCGGGGCUCACAACAAGAUGCCCAACUUCAUCCUCAUCCUGGCUGACGAUAUAGGAUGGGGCGACUUGGACGUGAACCACCCCGAGCAGAAGGCCAAAAAUACGCCCAAUCUUAACCUGAUGGCGGAGCAAGGAUUAAGAUUCUCAGACUUCCACUCUCCGGCCUCAACCUGCUCGCCAUCCCGCGCUUCCAUCCUGACCGGCCGCUACGGACUCCGGAACGGGGUCACUCACAAUUUUGCCGUGAGCUCCGUGGCCGGUCUGCCUCUGUCCGAAGUCACCUUGCCGCAGCUCCUGCAGAAGGCGGGUUACUAUACCGCCAUGAUCGGGAAAUGGCAUCUCGGCCAUAAUGGACCAUAUGGCCCAACGAAAAGAGGUUUCGACUACUACUUGGGAAUUCCCUUCAGCAAUGAUAUGGGAUGCACCGACCACCCUGGAUAUGAUAUUCCCCAGUGCCUCGGUUGUGACUCUUCUGGAGGGCAAACCAUGAGAUUGCGGGGGAGUGAGCGCCAACAGACGGACUGCUAUUCCAAAGUGGGCCUUCCUCUGAUGGAAAACAGCCGCGUUGUGGAGCAGCCGCUCAACCUGUGGAAUCUUACGCGACAGUACCGCUCUGCUGCGCUGAGAACCAUGCGCGAGGCGAGAGAGCGAGGACAGCCCUUUUUUCUCUACCUAGCGCUAGCUCACAUGCACGUACCCUUGGCCCCGCCACUCGCCACCCCUUCGCCACCUCACAGCCGAGCGUACGCCGCUAGUCUGCAAGAAAUGGAUCGCCUGGUGGGGUCCAUCCGGAGUGCCUCAAACAAAAAUGAUACGCUCAUCUGGUUCACCGGUGACAACGGUCCUUGGCAGAAGAAGUGCCAGUAUGCGGGAAGUACGGGACCAUUCAAGGGAAAAUGGCAGACCAAAAGAGGUGGGAGUUCAGCUAAGAAGACAACAUGGGAAGGAGGCCACCGAGUGCCGUCGGUAGCCUGCUGGCCCGGUGUGAUCCCUGCAAACACGACUAGUGCCGCCUUGCUCAGCGGGAUGGACAUUUUCCCGACGCUGCUCUCCCUGGCGGGGGUGACGCCACCUUCUGACCGGCGCUACGAUGGCAUGGAUGUUACAAGCGUCCUCCUCGGCGGUGAAAAGACCGGCCACAAGGUCCUCUUCCAUCCUAAUAGUGGCGCCGCAGGGCGGUUUGGUGACUUGCAGACAGUGCGAGCUGGGAAGUACAAAGCUUUCUACAUGACAGGUUCAUCUGAAGCAUGCGGCGGCGACGUAGGGACACAGGAGCUCCACGACCCACCGUUGAUUUUUGACUUGGAGCGUGAUGAGGCCGAAGAAACACCCUUAAAGGUCGGAACACCUGAAUAUCAAGAGACAGCCGAAAGGGUCACCCUCUGGAGGGAGGGGUUGUUAUGGGACAUCGCCACCGACCCAUCCGUGUCCGAGGCCGACUACACCACGGACGACUCGGCCACGCCUUGCUGCGAACCCACGCGGCCCGUUUGUCGUUGCCUCUGACUGGGACGACAGCAGGAAGCCUUCGUGGACAAGAAUGCAGAUGCAAAUUUUGCAGUUUGAAUGGGCACUCGGGAGUCGGUGGGGAGCGCCGUGGUCUUUGGCGGGUACAAUGUCCAGAUGCAAUAAGGAGGCGUGAUGCAAACAAACAAGUAAACAGAAAAAGCGAAGAGGAGCGGGCGGCGAGCACAAGGUCAGAGGGAGACCAGUUGCCUGGCGGAUCAAUAAAGCAAAGAGAAAAAUA